UCUUUAGACUCAAUCGGUCUACAGAAUGGAGGCGGGAAAAUUUUCCAGGAGCAUGCUCUGUAACAGUAUCUCUCCUUACUGCUUGAAUGAUCUUUUUGGGAGGGGAUAACGAGGGGAGGAAGCAUUGGGUUGUAUUGCACCUUGGAUUGGCAAACUUGACGGAUGUACUUGUAUACCUUUUCUUCCUUGUGUUCUUUUUUGACUACCUUUUUUAUCAUCCUGGGCUCCGUGUGGUCUCUGCAUUAUGGGGAAAGCCGAAGAAAGGUUCGGGGUUUGCUAGAAUCAUCAUCAUCGUCGGUUUGUGGAUUGGAUGGAUUCUUUUUUCUUUCUUUUAAUUGGAAAGCUUUCUUCACACAUAAAUAUAAUAUAUACACACUCAUACCGACCCUCGCACGUCUCCUGCAUUGGAUUGAUAGGGGAAGGGGUCUGGUUGGCGCUGAAGCAAAAUACUUACUUUUAUUUUGUUCAAUUGUUUGACUUUUUUGCUGUUCCGCGGCAAAUGCCCGUGUUAACCUUUUAAUGUGUACGCGGUGAUGGAUGGGUAUGAGCUAUUUCAUUUUUGUGAUAAA